AUGCCAAACAACAACCAACCAUUAUUCAAUACAACAACAACAACAACAACUACAACAACCUUUGGCCAAAAACGUUCCUACACCACCACUACCAAUGGGUUAAAGGAAAAAGAAACAUCCUCCACCAAACAACAACAACAACAGACGACUGUUCCUCUCAAUUUGAUUGAUUACGAGAGUUGGAAUGUCGAACAAAUGACAUCCAUGUUGACUUCCCCUGAUUAUAUGGGUGGUGCUGGGUUAUCAGUGGAUCUAAACCUUUCUAUGAUAUUCAUUUUGAUGGCUCAUCUCUCCGAACCAUUGUUGAAGAUAUUAAGAAGAAAGAUGAAUAUUUUGCCUUAA